UUGAGGUUUGCACCUCACAUUUUUGAGGGUUUAACUUGUACACCUAUCUUUAUUACUUCGCGAUCAGGAUUUUGACAUUUUCGUUUAUCAUUGCGUUCCCGAACGAUAGCCAGCUCGCUGGCUAUUCAAAGUACUUGACAUUUCACAAAGUUGGAUUGUAACACCCUCGACUUCUCUAUUACAUUGAAACCUGCGGCGAUGGGCAAUACUGACAGCAAAGCCGUCGAGAUCGAUCCGAUUUUUGCGCGGGAACGGUUCUGUGUCCCAUGCAUAUCCAUGUUCGGGACCGUAGAAGGCUUGAAGGCCUUGGGCUCUAAGAAAGGUUAUCGCUAUCAUGGCAAGCAUGCAAUGCUGGCAGGUAUGAAGAAUGGCUGUCCGCUAUGCAAGGUGCUUUAUCCGACAUGGUGUUCCUUGCCGAAAAAUCCGGGUAAUGAGAUUGACCCUGAAGAGGACUGUGUCGUGAGAGCAGUCUGCGCACAGAAAUCCCCACCCUCCGUACAGAGCGAAGUCAAAGGAUACCCAUUGAGCAUCCUCUCGAUAGGGUUUGUUUUCAGUAACGUGGCAUUUGAUGAACGGUACCUGACUAUCUACCAGUUACCAGGGGACCCUUCUUCGAAGUAUCUCACCGGAUGUUUGCCCCAAUCCUACGACAUGUUCGGAGAACGGCAUUUACAGGAGGCGAAACGUAAGCUACUUGACUGCCUUUCGAAACACGCGUCCUGCCCAAACACGAAGAUUCCCCCUCUCCCGACUACCGUCCUUGACAUCUUCCAUCAAAAUCCGAAAGUUCACAUGUCCGCCCCCGACGAGCGGGGCGACUACGUUGCGCUCAGCUACUGCUGGGGAGGUCCACAGGUCAUGACCAUCAAAGACACACUACAAGCAAACAUGACCGGUAUCGCUCUACAAACCUUGUCUCAGACUAUCCAAGAUGCUAUACUUGUAACCCGCAAAUUAGGCAUUCGGUAUAUAUGGGUGGACGCUCUAUGCAUUGUCCAAGAUGACGAAACCUCAAAAAACAAAGAAAUCAGCCAAAUGGGAAGAAUCUACUCGAACGCUACCCUCACUAUCUCAGCAUCAUCUUCCGCCGCUGCCACCGAAGGGUUCCUCCGCAAGCCCUGUGCCCCUGAGGGUUGCGAGCUUCCUUUCCUUCUUCCGGAUGGCAAAUUUGGCAAAGUUCUAGCUGUCCCCAGCCAGGAACAGAAGGAUAUAGCGUUCAGUAAGAUGAAGGAGAUCAAGGCAUAUCCCGUUGACUAUCGCGACUGGACGAGGCAGGAACAGCUAGCAGUUGAUUUUGCUAUCCAAAGCCCGGAAGGGCAACGACCCGCCGAGCUAGGGAGGCCUUGGCCUCUCGACACUCGUGCUUGGGCCUUUCAAGAGCACAUGCUCUCUCCUCGCCUCCUCGUCUUCGGCCCGGACGACGUCCGCUGGCGGUGCCAGGAGAUACAACUAGAGCCGUUGUUCCCCAAUCUGACUCGCUAUCGUGGGCCAGCAAAGCGAGUCCCUUUGAUAAGCGCUCCAGUCUAUGAUUCAGAGUUUUGGACAAAGGAACGAGGCGUUCUGAGCGUGUGGGCCAUGACAACGAAACAGCGCGAGUUAUGGACCACUGUCAUGGUUGCGUUCAGCAGUCGAUUCAUCACAGUGCAAUAAGAUCGGCUGCCAGCGCUGGCCGGUAUCGCCACCUAUCUCAAAGGGUUGUGGGGUGGUGAUUACGUUGCGGGACAUUGGGUAGAGUGUCUGCCUAUACAGCUGG